AUGUUACCUCACCUGACAAUGAAAGGUCAGCAAGAAGAAAAGCAAGCACCAGGUUCCCAACAAUUCAACCAUGAGCAUAUGUUCUCCAUGAUUGUAGCUGCAUCCCAGCUGCCAAAGUUGUUUUUGAAGCAAGACAUUAGCAAGAGGCAGGAGGGAAGUGAAGAAGGUGCUCCUCCCUCCCUCCCUCCCCACUUUAUCAUUGAGAAAACUGGUUUGCGCCACAAAUGUAAGACAAAAGUCUACCCUGAUGAGUUACCCACCACAAGUGUGGUCAUAGUGUUUCAUAAUGAAGCCUGGAGUACUUUGCUUCGUACUAUUUACAGUGUUAUGAAUCGGUCUCCGCACUACUUACUUUCUGAGAUCAUCUUGGUAGACGAUGCCAGUGAAAGAGAUUUUCUGAAGCUCCCAUUAGAGAAUUAUGUAAGAAAUUUGCAAGUGCCGGUAAAAAUUAUUAGAAUGGAACAACGGUCGGGACUGAUCCGAGCUCGGCUUAGAGGUGCUGCUGCUUCUAAAGGCCGGGUCAUCACUUUCUUGGAUGCACACUGUGAAUGCACUACAGGUUGGCUGGAGCCCCUGCUGGCAAGGAUAAAGGAAGACAGAAAAAUUGUUGUAUGCCCAAUUAUCGAUGUAAUCAGUGAUGACACAUUUGAAUACAUGGCUGGAUCAGACAUGACUUAUGGAGGAUUCAACUGGAAACUCAAUUUUCGUUGGUACCCAGUUCCCCAAAGAGAAAUGGACAGGAGGAAAGGAGACAGAACUUUGCCUGUGAAGACCCCUACUAUGGCUGGUGGCUUAUUUUCUAUUGACAGAAACUACUUUGAAGAGAUAGGAACAUACGAUGCAGGAAUGGAUAUCUGGGGUGGAGAGAAUCUUGAAAUGUCUUUUAGGAUAUGGCAGUGUGGAGGCUCCCUGGAGAUUGUAACGUGUUCACAUGUUGGUCAUGUUUUUCGAAAAGCUACUCCUUAUACAUUUCCUGGUGGUACUGGCCAUGUAAUUAACAAAAAUAACAGAAGACUUGCAGAAGUGUGGAUGGAUGAAUUUAAAGAUUUCUUCUAUAUAAUAUCUCCAGGAGUUGUCAAAGUGGAUUAUGGAGAUGUAUCAGUCAGAAAAGCCUUGAGAGAAAAUUUGAAAUGUAAACCAUUUUCAUGGUACCUAGAAAAUGUGUAUCCAGAUUCUCAGAUUCCACGUCGCUAUUACUCCCUUGGAGAGAUCAGAAAUGUUGAGACAAACCAAUGUUUAGAUAAUAUGGGACGUAAGGAAAAUGAAAAAGUAGGCAUAUUCAACUGUCACGGCAUGGGAGGAAAUCAGGUAUUUUCAUACACUGCCGACAAGGAAAUCCGCACAGAUGAUUUAUGUAUGGAUGUCUCUAGGCUCAAUGGGCCUGUAAUUAUGCUGAAGUGCCAUCACAUGAGAGGAAAUCAACUUUGGGAAUACGAUGCCGAGCGACUGACCUUGAGACAUGUGAACAGUAACCAGUGUCUGGACGAGCCCUCGGAGGAUGACAAAAUGGUUCCUACCAUGAAAGACUGCAGCGAAAGCCGAUCCCAGCAGUGGCUGCUACGUAACAUGACCUUGGGUGCCUAAAGCCACGACAGACUUCACGUCCUUCCUCGGACCUUGGAAGGGUCUAACCUGCUCACACUUCGCACAGAAGGAUGUUCUUCUUCCCUUGUGGUUGGUGAAGAGAAAGGGUUUGGAUGCUUGAUUCAAAGCCCCACAUGCCAGAAAAAC